UUCAUUCUCUCUUCCCUUCUAAAUCUUCUCUCUCCCAUCCACUCCUCUAUCUGUUGCUCUAAUCGUCACCACGAGUGCAGAAUCAACCACAAUGUCUUACUACGGAGGACAGCCUUACUACCAGGAGCGCCCUCCUUAUGAGCGCCCCCCCUACGACGCCCCGCCCGCCGACAGACCUCCCUACGAGCGCCCCCCAUAUGACAGACCUCCUUAUGACCGCCCGCCUUCCGACAGACCUCCCUACCAGGGCUCCCCUUACGAGAGACCUCCCUACCAGGGUGGUCCCCCUCCAGAGCGUCCUCCCUACGAAGGCGCCGACCGCUCUUACGACUCUCGCCCUCCAUACGCCAGCCCUCCCUCGUCCUUCCGGCCUCCCCCGGUUCCCCCCCCUCCUCUUCCCAUGGGCUGGACCCAGGAAUGGGAGCCCAGCGCCCGCCGUGCUUUCUUUGUCGAGGUCGCUACCGGCCGCUCCCAGUGGGAGCCUCCUCUAGGGGACUCCGACGGCUCCCGUGACCUGGCGCCUGCCGGACCUCCGGGCGGAUACUAUGGUGCUUCUUCACCUGCUCCUCCUCCGCCGGAGGGCGGAUACUACCCCCCUCCCCAGCAGGGUGGAUACUACCCACCCCAGCAGGGCGGUGAAUACGUCGACCCCGAGGAGCAGAAGAAGAACGAGCGCAAGAAGAUGAUGCUUGGUGCUGCCGGUGGCCUGGCCCUCGGUGUUGCCGCUGGUGCUCUCAUCAACCACGAACUGGAGGAGCACUCGAGCUCGAGCGACGAGGAGCGUGAAGGCUCCCCCCAGCGUGAGAUCUACCACGAGCGUGAAGUAUACAUCGAGCGUGACGUUGAGCGUGAUGAGGAGCCUGCCUACGAGCCCGAUGACUGGUAGUGAAUGUUCAAUAAACGAAAUAAAGACCAAUCCAAAAACAAAGAAGAAGCCAACGAACCUACUAACAAAACCCCAAAUCAACC